GGGACAAAUUUGCAGCCCUGACCAACUCUAAUGUGCCGGAAUGUCAAUCAAAUGAAAACAAAAAAAAGCGGCGUGAGAAAAACUGAAAAGAACGGGCAGCCAGAGCAAAUUAGCACUAUAAUUUCGAUGCAUUGAACGGAAACGACGACCGGGAAACAGGAGCCUCAGGAUUACGGACACCGGAGCCAUGGAAACGGUCAGGAUGGAGACGGCGAUGGAGACCCAUUUUAUGGCCAAAAUGGGGAAGUGGAUGACCCCCGAGGAGGAGGCGCGGCAAAAGUUCAUCAUGCGGGAGCGGGAUCGCGAGCGGAAGCGGAUUAAGCGCCUAAAUCCCGAGUACCGGCAGAUGGAACGCGAGCGGGAUCGGUUUCGCAAGCUGACGCCCAGGCCCAGUCUGAUGACCCCCGAGGAGGAGGCGCGCCACAAGUUCAUCAUGCGGGAGCGGGAUCGCGAGAGGAAGCGGAUCAAGCGCCUCAAUCCCGAGUACCGGCGAAUGGAACGCGAGCGCGAUCGAUUCCGCAAGAAGGCACGACGUGCUAACUUGACCCCCGAGGAGGAGCUGCGACUGAAGAUGAUCCAAAGGGAGCGGGAUCGGGAGAGGAAACGGAUCAAGCGAAUGAAUCCGGAGUACAGGAGGCUGGAGCAGGAACGUGAUAGGGAUAGAAAAAAGGCGCGAAGAGCCAAUGAGGCCUUCAGGCAGCUGGAGAAGCUGAGGGAUAAGAUCCGAAAGGAUCGCAAGAAGGGCUUACUGGUCGGGGACCCGACGCAGUUGCCGCCGGAAUUCGCAGCCAUGAUGCCUCCAGUGCCUGUGGUGAAACCCGAGCUGGGUGUGCCACCAGCCCCGCCCCAAAGUCAGCAGCUGCCGACGCCACUACUGCAGCAGCAGCAGCAGUUGCAGCAACAUCAGCAGCUGCCUCAGCAGCAGCAGCAUCAGCAACCUCCGCCCACGCAUCUGCAGGAGCAGCACCUGAGUCAUCAGCUGGCGCAUCAGCGAAACCGAAUGAUGACCAGCCAGCUCACUCAACUGGCCACGCCCCCCGCCCAUGCCUCGCACUUGCAGCAGCUGAAUAAGUUGCAGCAACUCUACCCUCCACGGAGUUUCGGCCAUCCCGCAUUGCCAAUCGCUGGGGUGACGCUGAUGCCUCAGCUCUGUCAUCCCAUCCUGCAUCAAAACCUCAGUGCCACUCUGUAUGCGGGUCCACCGAACGGCAUCAAACAGGAGUACGGUCAGGAUAUCUCGGCAAUGGCAGCAGCUCAAGCGGCGGCCUUGGCUUCGCUGAGGAAUCCCCAGCAGCACCAUCAAGAUGAUUCCGAUAUGGUUAUAAACCUCGAACCAGAAAUCGUACUACAAACCGGACCCGAGGUUAAUCCCGCCCAGCCACCGCCGCAGCAACAGCAUCAUUUCAGCGCCCAUCAGCAGCAGCAACAUCAACAACAGCAGCAGCAACAUCAUCUCCAGCAGCAGCAGCAUUGUAACAUGUUCCAGCAUAUGGCUCCCCAGGCGCACAUGCAACACAUGCGAUCCCUGCCACCUCCACCCCCGCCCCCUUCGCUUUCCUUGCCACCGCUGCCGCCCCCGCCACCUGCAACACACCAGCAACAACAACAGCAGCAACCUGCGCCGCCACAGCAACUACAACAUGCACCGCAGUGAGAUAUUCUCGCCUGUAGUCCUAAGCUCAAUUCUCUAGCCAGCUAAACGCAUCCGAUAGUUUGAGGGCACACACGCCUGGAGUUGUGAUUUAAAUACUUAUGUAAAUUUGAAUAAUGUUGCCAGAAAUGUCCAAGCACAAAAAAGAUGUACAUACAGGAAUGACAAGUAAUCAAGAAUGGAACAGUAGCUUGUUAAAAAUUUAUUAGAAACCAUUUCUAUUCUUUUUUUGCAAGCAAUUAAUACUUUCCAAAUUGUUUACUUUAUUUUUGAUCAUUAUCACAUCAAUAACUCUCUUUCCAAAGAGCUUUAUUUAUUAUGCUUGUCUCAACACAAACUUUAAAACUUUUUGAAUGAAAUAUGAUUAUCCAAAAUUCAUUUCAAUCGGGAUUGAAAAUGUUAAAAAGAUAUAAUUGUCAAAAUGCCUAAUGUCAUUUAAAUCCUGAUAUGCAGGUUAAGAAUCAAAGUUGUAAACUUUUCUGCAGCAAAAUUUGUUGUCUUUUGUGGUCGUUAAGACCACAUUUAAAUAUUAACCAAUUAACUACGAACAACCAUCGAAGAGUAUUAGAAACAAGAACAAAUUUCAUAAAAUUUUAAACAAAAACACAAUGUGAUAAAAUGCACCUAUAGCUCAUUAAAAAUGGUAAGACUUGUAUAUUAAUUUAUCAUUGAUAUUAAAUGUUGGUAGAGAAUUGGUUGAUAUUUUAAAAAAUUUCCUUAUAUAAUAAGUUAUAAAAGGUGGUACUGAUUUCGAUCGAACCUUCUUCCUUUCUAUAAUCGCAUAAUGUUAUCCCAUAUAUAAUAUGGUAGUCACAACUCCCAAGGAUGUGUGCCAACAUCUCAUACGCACACACUCGCACUGAAAAACCCAUGUUAAUUUUUUAUGUAUGUUAGGUAGACGCCAUUUAAAAAAUGCCGAUACGUAUUAUGUUGCGUUACGCAAUCCGGAUUACGUUAGUUUAGUGGGCUUCCCCGUCAUAAUUUGUUUUCUGUCGUCAUCGUUUCCAGCAAUUCUCUGUUUUUUAGGUCUGUACGUAUUUUGUUUAGUCGCUAAGUGAUAGAUGAUACAAUAUUUGCAAGUCUAGGAUGAUACGAUCUACAAUACGAUUAACGAUAACUGUAUACCUAUAUGAUAUAAUGAUAUAGUAUUGCCAGCCGCGAAAUAAUAUUACGAAUUUAUGCGCAAAAAAACGAGCGAAAUAUAAGCAGCAAACGAGAUUUGCUAAAAAUAGAA